AUGGUCAUGUUGACAUUGGCUUCCGUGUACCCCAUCGCAGUGUACACAGUAUUUAGAUUCACGCAUCGGGGUUUCGAACGUCAAGCACACCUUGAAGCAGAAUAUCACAAAAGACAAGAGAGAAAAGAGAUCCAGGAAGCCAAAAUGAGAGCAGAAGAAGAUCGAAUCAAAAUGGCAAAAACAGAAGAAAUCUCAACGGGAAUUCCUUGUCCAGUUGAAACGUAUGGAGACUGGAGAAGCAGACCAUUUUGGUUGAGGGUGCCGGACGUAGAACCUUCGAAGUAUAUGGAUGUGAGGUUUUUGACGGAGGAGCAGAUGUGGGCCGUGAGAGAAAGAGAUCGGGUGGUGCUUAUAAAGAGGAUGAUGGAAUUGGUGUGUGCAAUGCGUAACAGCUUGGGUUUGCGUGAGUGGCGGGACGAGUCUGAUGAAGGUUGCAGAAAGGCUGGCUGGGCUUCUGUUCAUGGAACUUCUGAGAGCUACCAGCGAAUUCAUGAUCGAGAGCUAUGA